UUAUCACUUAUUAGUGAAUGCACAUUGGAUCUUCCUGUCUUUUCACUUUACCUUCUAGAAAGGAUUUCCUCGUUGGACUUGAAAAUAUCCACUGUCAGAAACAGAAUUCAAAAUGCAAAACGACGCCGGAGAAUUUGUUGACUUGUACUGCCCGAGGAAAUGCUCUGCCAGCAACCGUAUCAUUCCUGCUAAAGAUCAUGCUUCUAUUCAAAUCAAUUUAGCCGAAAUCGACUCGGCCACUGGUCGCAUAACCGGAAAUCACAAAAUCUUGACCAUUAGUGGAGCUAUUCGUCGUAUGGGAGAGUCAGAUGACUGCAUAACGAGGUUAGCAAAAGAACACGGGAUUGUAGCUAAGAAUUUCUAGGGUAACUAAAGUUAUGACUUUAUUCUAUUUAAAAAUGUGAAUAAUAAAAAAAAAAAUACAA